AUGCCACCUAAAGGAGGAAACGCAAAGAAAGAAGGUGGACGAGCUAAGAAAGCAGAGAACGAGGAGAAGAAGAACCAAGCCGCCAACGCUGCCAAGGCUGCUAAAGAAGCUGAAGAGUGGAAAUCUGGAGCCAAAAGCAACUCAAAAGCUGAAGCUGCUCAGCAGAAAGCUGCAGAAGCGGCCCGUAAGAAAGCAGAGAAGGACGCAUUAUUAGCAGCAGAAGAAGCUUCUCUUCCAUCAAAAGUGAAAUCAGCCCCUAAGGCGGGCUCAGGCUCAGGUUCAAGUGCAUCCAAGAAGAAGAACAAUAACGACGUGUUAGUGAAGACGGGAACCGGUGUGGCCGGAUACGGAUUAUCAGAUCCAUCAGGACAUAGAAGAGCUAAGGAUGAAUUUGGAGAAUUGGAAGAAACUGUUGAAUUGAGCGCAAAAGGUAUUGAUGAAAUGUUGGAAGCUAUGGAAUUGGUCAAUCAACGUACGGAUAAAGCUACCCUAGGUGCUAAAGCCGCCAUUUCGAUCGAUGCUCAUCCAGAGCGUCGAUUCAAAGCUGCUUUCGAAGCUUACUUGGAUAGGGAAUUACCAAUCUUGAAAGAAGAACAUCCCGGUUUAAGACAAAAUCAAAUGCGUGAUUUAAUUUAUAAACAAUUUCAAAAGGCUCCAGAGAAUCCUUUCAAUCAAGCUAAAAUAGCUUACAACGCUACUAAAGAUGAAAAAGUCGAUGCGCUCAAAUCGAUCAUGGAUUCUAGAGAAGCUAAAUACCGUGUUGAGUAG